GCUGCGCUCGGGGCGCCGCUCCGUCCGCCCCCGUCGGCGGCCGCGGGGCGCGGGGCCCACGCGCGACCGCAGAAGGCAUCGCAGGCGCCCCGUUGGCGACAGUCCGAGCCGCGAGUCUCUGUACAUCCUCCGCCCGCCCCCGGUUGGAGUCGCCUGGGGAUUAUGGUGUUGGACCAGGAGGACGUUCGUAGUUCCUUGCAAUUCUGAGGCACAAAAGUAGGUGAGACUGCUUUUGUAUCUGCGAAGUGCUUCACUCCUGAAUGUAAUUCUAGCUGAGUGCAAUCUAGGUUAAGAGCCGGACAAGCGGGUAAUUAGAGCCCGCUCGCUGCCGGAGGACCGGCCUCCCAGCCGAAGCGCGCCCGGAGUCGGCGCCCUUUUCCCGGCCGAGCCGAACAGCGGCUGGACACGGAGCGCCCGAGAUGAUGGUGCUGGACAAGGAGGACGGUGUGCCGAUGCUCUCCGUCCAACCAAAAGGGAAACAGAAGGGCUGUGCAGGCUGCAACCGCAAGAUCAAGGACAGGUACCUGCUGAAGGCCCUGGACAAGUACUGGCAUGAGGACUGCCUCAAGUGUGCCUGCUGUGACUGCCGCCUGGGUGAGGUGGGCUCCACUCUCUACACCAAGGCCAACCUCAUCCUGUGCAGGCGUGACUACCUGAGGCUUUUUGGCACCACAGGAAACUGUGCUGCCUGCAGCAAGCUGAUCCCAGCUUUUGAGAUGGUGAUGCGAGCCCGAGACAAUGUGUAUCACCUUGACUGCUUCGCCUGCCAGCUCUGCAAUCAGAGAUUUUGUGUGGGAGACAAAUUCUUUCUGAAGAACAACAUGAUCUUGUGUCAGAUGGACUAUGAGGAGGGACAGCUCAAUGGCACCUUCGAAUCCCAGGUUCAGUAACGCCCUGCAUCUGGCCUCCAGGUCCAUCUGUCCGUCUGCCCGCCUGACCACCUGCCUGGCAGGCCGGCCAGCCACUCUGCCUGCGCGAGCUGGCCAGCGCUGUCCUACAAGUUAGAACUUCAUCGUCAGUGGGAAGGUGGCUUUUCUCUACCACCACCCAUCUCUGCAGGCCCUCCUGGGGCCAGGCUUGGCCUGUACAGUCUGUCUUCUGUAUAUAAAUGGGAACAUUUAUUUUAUGAGAAAUGUAAUGCGAUUUUAUUACUGGCGUGGAUUAAACUUAUGAAUGUUUCCGGGGA